AUGUCUAUGAAGCGGCUCAUUAAGUAUACCAAAAUCUCGAACAAGCAGAUGUUGCUCAUGAAGCGUAGGGAGCCCUACAAGCCGAUUAUGAAGGAUCGCCAAUUCAUUGAAAAUCGCACUCGACUCGAGGACUUUGAGAGGAAAAACGCGGAAGGGUUGAUGUUCGUGCCGGAUGCAGCCCUCCCGCCGUGGCAACGAUCGAUUGCUUCAAAUCUCCAGCGAAGCCAGUCCAUGCUAAACUUCAAAGGGCUGCGUGUGCGAGUGGUUGAUAAGCAGGAUGAGCCUGGCUUUCCUACAAACUUUAGGUAG